GAUCGCGAUCAGUCACCGCCCGAAGUUGAACGCGCUAACACAUUUCCCCGGCAUCCUCGAAUUACACAUAGCAGCGACCUGUUUAAAAGUUCACAUCAUUUCCAGAGAAGAAUCAAUUUUUCCUCAGAACGAGGAAGUAACUUGCUUCCCGUAUCACUUGGACAUUCCUUAUCAGCAGCAGCAGCCGUUCGGAGCGAUUCUGUGAAGAAAUUCUGCGUGCAUCGUCGGUGAACUCUUGACCGAAAUCUGGGCAUUUUAUUGUGACGUUCGCGCGUUGAUUAACUGGGUACUUGUCGGGUGGAUUGCAAGUUCUAAGAUUGACGGUGGCGAUAAGGGCUAGAUCGCGUUCUAAUCGCGCAUCGAAGAGCAACCUGAACUUGAUCUACUGAGAGUGGACGUGAGGUCGUCAGUGCAUGUGGUCGCAGUUUUGCGAGAAGAAGAAUAGUGUUUUUGAAAGUGUUGGAUUAGUGGAUGCAGAAGACUCGCGGAAAAAAUGAACGGAACGGGAUUGCUGUUACCCACGCUUAUGCUGUUGUCGCAAUAUUCUGAAAACAGCUUGGUUACGCGAUAUCCGGCCAUCAACGAGGAGUAUCGAGCAGAUCCCAACAACCCGGUAUGUUACGGAAUGUACGGAUGCUUCCCAAUUACCCAUCCGUGGACGGACGAGCGCCGCCCUAUCGCUCUCUACCCGGAGUCCCCCGCUAAGUUGGACGUUCGCUUUCCGGUGUUCAACCACCGAGCGCGAACCUGGCCCAAGUUCAUCAACCUGGACGAUCCGGACUACCUGCUCGAUGUGGGAAUCAACGCCACGGGGCGGAUCUACGUCAUCACGCACGGCUUUUUGGAGUCGGGCAAAGCCAAGUGGGUCGAGCGGAUGAUCAACCUCAUUCUGGAUCAGGACGCCGAAAGCACCUGCAUUGUGAUCGACUGGGGUGGCGGUUCAAGCCCCCCGUACAACCAAGCCAGUGCCAACAUCCGGCUGGUGGGAGCGAUCGCUGCGCAUAUGAUCAACUUGAUUGCUGAAGAAUUCCGGCUUAAGGACCUAGAUAACGUUCACAUGAUCGGUCACUCCUUGGGAGCACAUCUGUGCGGCUACACCGGGUACUAUCUGAAGAAAGACUUCAAUAUGACACUCGGUCGUAUCACCGGCCUGGAUCCGGCCGAGUUGGCGUUCACCGAAACGAAUCCGAUGGUGCGAUUGGAUGUUACGGAUGCCAAAUACGUGGACAUCGUGCACAGCGACGCGACGCCAUUCGUUCCGAAGAUCGGCUUGGGUUUGUACGAGCCCAUUGGGCACUUGGAUUUCUACCCGAACGGAGGUUUCAACCAGCCUGGGUGCGAUCAGACGCUCAGGAAGCGGAAGGAUGGAAUGUGGAUCUCAAGCAUGUUCCAGUUCUUUAGCUGUAGCCAUGGUCGGGCGAUACAUCUGUACACUGAGAGUAUGCGUACCAAGUGCCCGUUUACGGCGAUCACUUGCGAAAGUUACGAGCAGUUUUUGGCUGGAGAUUGCUUCGAUUGCGAUCAGGAUGGCCAUAUGUGCUUCCAGUUUGGGUUCCAUAGUCAGAACAGUUACCGAAAAAUGCUGGACGCGAAACAAUUGAUUGGAAAUCAGGAAAUUCAGGCGUUCUUCAUCACGGGUGCUGGUGAGCCGUAUUGUCGUACGCACUACAAGGUGUUGAUCAAGGUCUCCGAUACGGAAGAGAGUGUUAUCCACGGGGGAGAGAUCGGCCGCUUCCAUAUGAGUAUAUACGGAAGCAAGGGCGAACACUCGGACAAGCUAGCGUUCAGUGAAGAUGCUGAAUUAUACGAACCGGGUCAGAACUACACCCGAGUCUUGGCCGGUACCAGUGUGGGCAAACCGCGGAAGCUAGCAGUCAGUUGGGAGUACAACACCAGCUUCCUGAAUCCACUAACGUGGCGGAUCCUGAACUCCCCGCGGGUCUACAUCGAGUACAUCAUUCUGCAGUCGUUGGAGUACAAAAGCAAGAUCCGGCUCUGUCCAAGCUACAACAUGCCGGUGACGAACAACGUGGACAGUUGGUUCACAAUGGCGAACUGCCGCUACUAUCCGGUCCCGCUGGAAACCGAGCUCAGUUGAACGGGCUCGCUGCUGUUGUCUUCAGGGGUCUUCAGAGACCCCGCACCGCAUCAAUGCAAAUCAACCAGUAAACUUAGAAAUAUCUCAUUAAGUUUAAUGUUUAGUCACUUAAGUAACCACGUAUUAGUAUUUUAAACGCAAUAAUCUUGAACCA